AUGGAAUCGAAACUCACCCAAGAUGUCGGCCCGCUAGCGGCGGCGGCCUCGUCUUUCCCGCUGCUCGUGUACGACUACAAGCACGGCGUUCCACCGGAGAUUUUCCAGACCGUGCUUUCGGUCGCCGACGGCUCCAUGCGCACCAUCCAAGUGCCUGAGAUGUGCUGCGAAUACAGGUGUGUAGAGACUCCGCAGGGCCUGGUGCUCAUGGUGGACGCCGCCUCGAGAUCCUGUUGGCUGUGGAACCCGCAGACCGGGGAGAAGACGGCGCUGCCCGCGAUGGACGGCGAGCUACCGGACCACUGCCGGUGCCUGGUCUCUGACACCACCUCUUCUCCACCAGACUGGAUCUCUGACGACGUCGCUCCUCCAGACCCCCUGGUCCUCGUCUACGACCUCACGCGCCCGGAGCUUCUGUUCUGCCGGAUCAGAGGCGGCAGCGCGUGGGUCAAGCAGUCCUACGACAUGGGCCUUUGUGAGGUCCCCGGGAAAGUCUCCACACCGAGGGCCAUCGGCGAGAUGGCUGCUGUGCAAGGGAUGUACUUCUACCUCGAUCACGAGUCGGUAGACGUGGUCGGCACUCUCGUCAUCUUGCCCGACGAUCCGGAACCGUGUCUGGAGCUCGUCACCUUCAAAGCUCCGCUGCCCACUCUCGCGACGGACGCGCAGCGGAAAGUGACAAGACACUACCUCCUCGAAUCCUCGAAGGAGCUCUUCCUCGUCUGCCUCUUCUACAUCGGUUGCACCCUCGACCGUGUCGAGGAGGUCGGCGCCUACGUGAUGGAUUUCUCGAAGAAGGAAUGGUGCAAGGUGACCGACAUUGGCGACGCCGCGUUUCUUCUUGGUCCCAGAUGCUUUGCGGCCUCGUGCUCUGCGGAGGAGCAUGGCCUUAAGAGCGGGUGUGUCUACCUUGCCGACGAUUGUCUCGGGGAUAGCAACGAUUUCCACAUCUUUGAUCUCAAGGAAGGCACUCGUGAGCUCGUUGCUCCAACUCAGGACAUACCUGCUCUCUCGCGCAAACCAUUUUGGUUGGUGCCCGUCCUCCCGUAG